AUGAUCGGCACAGACGUUCCUCCUCAGUCGCACACAGCCCGCGAGACAGCCGAGCAGGGUCGCCGUCGCCCCUCGUCGCAGGCAAGCCUGGUGUCGCAGUACAGCACUGUCAGCUUCGAGUGCGAGAACUGGACCUGUCCGGCGCCCGUCGACCCGCGCGUCUGGCAGAAGGCUGCCGCUGCUGCGCGCCCGGCGACGCCCAGGCUCCGUGGUAAGGGCAACAAGGCCUGGGCACUGGUGAAGAAGAGCAUCGGCAAGAAGCCAGCCGUGGUGCACCACCAUCCCUACGCCCAUCCCAGCAACCUGUACGUGGAGCGCCGGCCGCCCAAGCCCGUCUGGCAUCCUGGACACUGGGUCGACACCCUUUUUCCUCGCAAGGUGCCCCAGGGUGUGGUGCUGCCACCGAUGAAGCACCCCCGCGCGCCUCUCAAGCAGCGCCUGCAGACAGUCUUCAAGCGCAAGAACUCGGCUUACGGUCUCCAUCUUCGAGCAGAGACCAGCCACGACGACUUCCCUUCUCCCUGA